AAAUUGACAGUUUAAUCGACAACAUUUUAAUAUUCACACUUAUGAUUAACACAAGCAAGAAGUCAGUAAUAAUGAUCUUUAUUCUUUAAAUCCGACGAAGAUCAAUUACUCGUAUAAAAAAUGGCCGCAGAAACCUUGCCGACGCAAGGAACACCACUCACGGUGGAUAACAUGAAUCUUGUCAGUCUGCAAGUUCCUCUUCCUAAAUUGCUCGAUCUCGCUCUCGGAACGCCGGAAAUUGGCGCGGUUAAUUUUAACAUUCUGCACACCUUCCUUCACGUGCUGUUGCGACAAAUAAAUUUGCAAGCCAUUAAAGUGGAAUACCGCGGCGACAGCGCGAAACGUGUACAAUCGUUGGUAACAACGUUGAAACCGGAAACUCUUCUGCAGUUUCAAGAGUACAGUAUUACCAACGGUGAAGAUGCGCCGAGACAAGAAGAUGACGAUAUCGUUGAGAUAUCCGUGGCAGAUACUCAAGUACCGACAGAAGUAAUUACAGACGACGACGUAAAAGUAACAAAAGGCGUGAAGCGAAAACCAUACGGAAAAGAUGACAGACAUGAGACAGUCUUGUUUGUGGAAUCUAUUGUAGACGAAACUACUCCAACAGCGUUGGCGUUCAAAGAUCUCGAACAAACUGUAAGAGAAUUGGAACAGCGAUAUCAGGCUUUGGACGAAUUGUCCAAGUUUCCGGAAGUGCUCGAACGUUUGAAGGGCGUGCUCACGGAUCCUAUAUCGGAUGUGUGGCACUUCAUAAAUAUCAAUAAACGAUUGGACGCGAGCGCAGAGGGUAUUGAUAAGCUUGCUACAAUGGUGCAAGAUUACAUGAUUAGGACCGAUCCUAUGGUCGUAUCAGCGGAUGAGAGAUUGAGCAAACUCGAACAUAAAAUAUCUAAGAUACAACGAAAGCUCGCUCAGAUACAAAAGAUCAUCAAACACGAAGAUGAAGAAAAAGACGAAGUGAGAGAAGAAAAAAAUGACAAAGUAAAUGAUAAAGAAGAUGAAAUAGACAAGGAAGAAGAGAACGAUAAAGAAAAGGAGAAAAUCGAUACAGUGACGAGAGAAAAAAAUGACAAAGUAACGGAUGAUAUGGAGGAUGAACUAACGGACGAAAUAACGGACACAGACACAAUAGAUGAAGCAGCUGACCGACAGCCGAUUAACGAUAGAGACCUAAGAGAGAUACGUCAAGAUAUUGAGGCGUUGCAAACCGACGUUGCUGUAUUGCAGAAUGACGUAGUUCAGAUACAGGAAGAACUGCAGAACAUUAACGAAAGAUUUAUUCAAAACGGAAUAAGACCAACGGCUCCCGUCGCAGAACUUUCUGAUGCGGCGGCUCCCGUUACGGAAACGAUUGCAGACGGCGAAGAAACAAUCAGCGAGGUGACAAACAAUAUCACAAACUUGGAACAAUGUAUACAAGUUGUGAGAACGCACGUCAAAGACUUGCGGGAUGUUGGUCACCGCGUGACCGCAUUGGAGCAGGAAAUCGGUGAUUUGAUAGAUCGAUUGGAUAGCGUGCAAGCGGCGGUGAGAAAACCGGAUGAUGACGAGACCAAACAUGUUGUAAAACUACGAGAAAUAGAAAUGUAUGUGGACAAACUCACAGAAACCAUGAACAAAUUGCUCGAUGACAAAGAAAAACAGGAGGGCGACAUUAACACAUUGGUGCAACAAAUAGAAGUUUUGAAGAUCGUGAAAGUAGACAAAGAAGAUCUCGAAGACGCUCUGGCUGAUAAGGCAGAUGCGCAAGCUGUGAUCAGAAAGGUGUCGCAUGAUAAAUUCGACAGUGUCUGCGAGGAUCUCGCGCGAGGUCUCGAAGAGGCGAUCGACAAAUUGGCUAAGCAAGAAGCGAUUUGGCAGCAAGCGCUCGAUGAGGUGCAGAGCGAGAUCGCCGGCAAGGUGGACAAAAUGGAGAUGACACCGUUGAAAGAUUUCAUGGACACGAAAUUGAAGUCGCUUCAAGAGAAACUGAAAAUAAUGGCCGAGGCGAGACGCGAGAUCGAAGCGGCUGGAACGAAGAAAUUGCUUAGAGAUGUUCAAUGUAUAUCGUGCGACAAGGACGUCGUGAUGAGGACAGAGGAAGUCGGCAGGUUUCGUAUGGAGCCAUUACCUUGCACAACCAGCAUAAAGCCUUAUCUCACGUACAAAUUGGACCAAGUUAGAAAGCAACAGAAGAAAUUACCUCACAAAAAUAUGAUUCAGUUUGAAGCAGCGGUGCAGGAAGAAGUUAGAAGAAUUAAAGCGAAAGAGGAACUUUUGAAAACUCCUAGAGAAGGUCAUCUCGUCAAUCGAUAUUGCGGUGGGAGUCACACGACCACGACUCCUCAGCAGAGAGUUACGCGGACCGGGCACUUCCUUACCCAAUGGGGACCCAAGGUGAUACAGAUGACUGAAGGUAUGAUAAUGGGAAGAGACGGUGUGAUGUAUCACAGUCGACCAACUAAGACGGACGUAUGUGGACCGACUUGUUGGGAAAGUUCAAUCUGCGAGGAUACUCGAUCCCCGGAACAUCCGACAUCCGUUCCAUCGCCAAAUCGUAAAUCAUCCCGUCGCUCGAACGCAAAUAAAGUAUCUCAAAAACGGAAUGAAAAGAGAUCGUCGAAAGAGCUGAAGAUAUUGGAACCAGCAGAAAAACCAAUCGAAGAGCAAGAAGUAACGCAGGAAAUGUAUACGUACGAAGCGAACGACGAAUAAAUUAAAUGUACAUGUACAAUGGUAUCAUCGAUUUUAUUUGACAGCAAGAGAAAAUUCGCUUAAUUAACGUAGAGUCCACUUAGAGUCCACACACUUGUGCUAUAAUAUUCUUGUAUUUUCUUUCGGAAGCACUUGUAUAUUCGUCGUACAAUAUUGCGAAAUUAUAUGAAAACAAAUUUGUAAUUUCACACCGCAAAAAAGAAAAAAAGAAAAAAA